AUGUCUGAUGUCGAGGUACUCAAGAAGCCCGAGUACUUUGGCAAGUACGGCAAUGUGCUACAGAUUGCGGUUGUAGCGGCGACGCGAAAUCAGACGCCUUUAUGCACGGCCUAUGUUACUUACGAAAAGGUGGAGAGCGCCCUAAGGGCUAUUGAAGUGGGCUUUGGGAUUAUUGAGUUAAAUUUCAAUUUCUGAUGAAUUUUAGGCUUAAAAUUGUAUUUUUUUAAUUAGGCUUGGUUUGCUAAUUUCUGAAAUUUUAGGCUUAUAUUUUGUUAAAUUUUCACAAACUUUAAAAAAAACUUGUAAAAAAAAAUUUUUACAAACCCAAAUUCCCUUGCCUUCAGGCGACUAACAACCAGGUAGUCGACGGCCGAAUGCUAAGGACAUCUCUCGGAACAAAGAAAUAUUGUCACGCCUUCCUUCACGGUUCAGCAUGUCACAAACCGGAAUGUAAUUAUCUGCACGAGAUCGCUGAUGAUGAAAUUUCCUUCACCAAAGAAGACAUGCACGCUGGAAAACACACUCUGUUUGAGAGAAAAUUACACCAUCAGCUUGCAGAACGUUCGCGGAUGGAAUCGAUAAAGAAAAAAGCUCACAAACAAUCGUAUGUUUAUCAUUGUUAUUGUGUUUUUCGUUCGUUUAGGAGAGGUCAGGAGUAGACAUGUAAAGGGACUAGCCCGGCUGUUAAAAAUUUGCUUUGGCCUAAACUUGAACUUUUUUGUUUCAGAGAAGCUGACAGGAAGUCGCAAGAUCUAUGUUUGAAUAACGAGUCCUUAUCGCAGCCAGCAGACAAAUCGUAUGUAAUAGAAACCGACAAGCCAUUUUCAAAGAGGUGGGUUUUGCUGGUUUCCAAAAAAUUUUUAAAGUGUAGUUUUGCUUUUAUUAAAACAAGGUUCGCGAGAGAAUCAGACAUAGGCGAACCAGUAAAAAAAUAUUUUUUUAAAAAUUUUAUUUUGCAACCACAGGUACCUUUGAGGCCCCACAUCACAAAAAUAUUAAAAUUUUGAAAUUUUGGGUUAUGUACAGGGUUAAAGCUCCCAGAAGCUGUUGAUAAGAAGUGAACCACCCAAGGCGAGUCGGGUAUUACGUUCGUCUGGGAGAGAGAGAAGACUCAAUCCACCAAAAUACAACAAUAUACGUUGAAAAGCUGUUGUUUAUUCAAUAACUGUCCAAAGUCUUUCCUUUAGCAAAUAA